AUGGCGGAACAAGGACCAAAAGUAGGCGACGCGAGAAGUUUGUGGAAUUUUACCCCGUCUCCAGGAUGGACGAAACCGGAGGUUGAAAAUUUAGUCAUCGUUUUGAAAAAAUUCGGCGUCGGGAAGUGGGUCCAAAUCGUCGACUCCGGCGCCUUACCGGGGAAACAAAUCCAACAGUUGAACGGGCAAACGCAACGAUUACUUGGGAAACAAUCCUUGGCGGAAUAUACCGGGUUACAGUUAGACGUGUUCGCGGUGAAGCAAGCGAACGAUCAGUUGGUUGGGGAAACCGUGGUGAGGAAAAAUGGGUUGAUUACCAACCAAGGCGGGAAGAUGUCGAAGGAGGAGUUAAAGGCGAAGCGAGAGGAAAACGUGCGUUUAUUCGGGUUAACUCCGGAGCAAAUCGAAGCGAUUGAAAUUCCAAAACCAGUGAGAGACGCCGGUUUAGGCGCGGCGGCGUACAUGGGGAAGAAUCAUAACAAAGGCGGCGUGAAUGGCGGGUUGGGACCGACGAAGCGCGUCGUGAACGUGGACGAAGUGAAAGUAGAGGAGUUGUCCAGCAAUGAAAAGGUGGAGGUGUUGAAGCAGUUGAGGAAAAGGUUGUUGGCGGUGAGGAUGGCGAAUACUGCCGCGAGUGAGAACAGCAAACCCGGCGAGACGACGACAGCAAUGAAGACAUCGACGACAACAACAACAACAACAACGACAAUAAAGAACGCAAACGCUACGGUGAAGGACGUGACCAACGUCGUCGCGAACGAGGCGAAGAAAACAGCAGGGGUCGCCGCGGGGAAGAGAGCCGCGGUGGCGAAGAAACCAGCCGCGAAAAAGACGAAGAAAUCGAAAAAGAGUAAAAACGACGACGACGACGAUAACGAGGACGAUAACAGCCCAAGCGCCGAAGGGCCGGUAGAGAUGCUCGUGAACAUGGGGUUCACGAAGAAAAUGGCAAAGGACGCGAUCAAAGAGACGGGAGGUGAUAUUUCCGCCGCCACCGAGUGGUUGUUCGCGAACACGUAA